AUCAUCUCAUAUCUCUCGUUGCUCAAAAAAUCUCUCAGCAUCUCUAUGGAGUCGAACUCGAAUCCCGAGUCAGAGCUCAAAUCACUCAUCUUUCAAAUAUAUAGUCUGAGCGUGGGUUUGAAUCCGGAUUCAUAUUUAGAUCCGGACUGGGAUUCUAUUUCUAAGAUGAUACCACUCAUUACUCAAACAAUCUCUCUGGUCAGCUCAAUGGAUUUCGAUUCGCAACCGGGGUCGAGGCUCAUGUCACUCACUAAUCAAGCAAUCUAUGUCUUCAACUCUAUGGAUUUUGAUUCCCAGCCAGAUUCGUUAAGGAAGCUCAUAGCUCUCUUUUCACACAAGCUCUCUCUCGUCAACUCUACGGAAUUUAUUUCGGAGCAGGACACGAAUUCACAGCCAGACUUGGAGUUUUUCGUGUUACUCAUUCGAGAAUUAUGUAGUCCAACACCGGAGCCGCCAGAGCUUAUAUCACUCAUCAGUCAAAUAAUUGACGAAGUCGUCUGUUGGAAGCCACAGCCAGAGUUAGUUCGUGAUUUGGAGCCAGAGCCGGAGCCGGAGCCGGAGCCGGAGCCGGAGAUUAAUCUUGGGUUGAAAAUCAUAUCUCUCAUUACUCAACUAAUCUCCCAACCAAUAUCUUUAUCCAUUAAGACAUCUCUCAUUCCUCAAAUAAUAUCUAUGGUCAGUAAAAUUGAUUUGGAUGCGCAGCCGGAGACGGAAAUGAUGUCACUCACUACUCAAGCAGUCUCGCUCUUCAACUCUAUGGAUUUGGGUUCCCAGCCGGAUCCGCUAAGGAAGCUCAUAUCUCUCAUUUCUGGAGAAAUCUCUCAUGUCAAAUCUGUCAGCGUUUUAAAGCGGGAGCAAGACCCGGAAUUGCGUCAUUCUGCUGGAAGUUUACUAAGAGUCCCACGAGGCUUAUAUCGAAAUUGCCAUCCCGAAAUAGAUACCGGGACAAAGUUAUUGAAGCAGGAUUCAAACUCGGGCACAUAUUCGAACAUAGAGCAUUUGGAGAUGGAUUUGAACAUAGAGCAUUUGGAGAUGGAUUCGAACUCGGACACAUAUGUGUACAUAAAGCUUUCGGAGCUAGAUUCAGACCUGGACAUAGAGUUCGACCUGGAGGCAGAUCCCGACCUCUUUUUCCGCUAUUUUAAAAGAGUGAGUCUCGAUUCCUACCUCAUUUCCCUCGUUGGUGAAACAUUGAGUCUCGAGCCACAGCCGGAGCUCAUAUCACUCAUCUAUCAAAUAUUCUCACUCGUCGUCUCUAUGUAUUCAGAGUGGAAAAGGCUUAUUUUCCUUUACCCUCAAGUACAAGUAAAAUUGAAAAAAGGAAAAUUUCAAGUGAUUGACGAAGAAGUCUCGUGGAGCAGCAAUGGCAAGUGGAAGUGUCUCCCUUUUAACUGGGAGAAAAUCUGGAUAUCUGAAGAAGGCGUUAGUCAUAUUCGCUGCCAAACUUGCAAUGGCGAGAACCAUGGAGAAUAUGAAAAGGCUCCAGUUGUGAUCAAACAUACUCUUCAUCCAAAACAUUCCCUCCAACUUGUCUUGUUGAAUGGGGACACAACCAGGGAAUGUUAUUGUUGCGAUAAAGAUCUCGAAGAGGUAUUUUAUUAUUGCUCGGCUUGCGAUUAUGCUAUGAAUAUUGCUUGCAUAAAGAGAACAAGAGUAUUGUCUUUGGACCAACCGAAGUGGCAUGAGCAUACACUUGCUCAAUUUCCAAGAAAGACUUCUUUAACUUGCAACGUUUGUGCCUUGACACAUUCAAGCUGUCCAUUUUAUAUGUGUCCCCCUUGCGACUUUGUGGUCCACCAAAAGUGUAUCAGCUUACCACGUGUCAUAAGGAUAUCUCGUCAUUUCCAUCGUAUCCAUUUUACUCCUUCUUUCGACCAAGAAGUUCGAUGUUGUGGUGUUUGUCGUAGAAAGAUCGAUAAUGAUUAUGGGGGUUAUUCUUGCAACAAGGACGGUUGUUGGUAUGCAGCACAUUCAAAAUGUGCCACACAGAGCAAUGUGUGGGAUGGUAAAGAACUCGAGGGAGAGCCCGAAGAAGACAUCAAAAAAAUUGAGCCGUUUGUGACAGUAAGAGAUGGAAUCAUACGACAUUUCAGUCAUGACCAUCAUCAUUUGAAACUUGAUGAGAACAUUGACAGAGAUUACAACGAGAAUAAGUUGUGUCAAGCAUGCAUCACUCCGAUAUAUUUCGGUAACUUCUACUCAUGUAUGCAAUGUGAUUUCAUUCUUCAUGAAGAAUGUGCAAAACUGUCUCGCAAAAUACAUCACCCAGUACAUCCACAUCUGCUUACUCUAGUGGGAAGAUCUGACCUUGUUAUGGAUGCUACGAAAUCAUGUUCAAUUUGUUCUUGGAGGUGCACAACUGGUUUCUUCUAUGAGUGCAGUGAAAGAGAAUGUCGUUUUAAGGUACACGUGCAGUGUGCCACAAUUUCCGAGCCAUUGGUCCAUGCAAGUCAUAUGGAUCCUUUGUUCUUAACAUCGAAACCAGGAGAGGAACGAAGAUGUUGUGUUUGCAAAGAGUUAGGACAUUGUUCCACAAAUGAAACAUUCAAUUGCAUUGAGUGCGACUUCGCUUUGUGUUUCAAGUGUGCUACUUUACCUCAAAAGGUGAGGUAUAAGCACGAUAAGCAUAUGCUUACUCUUUCUUAUGGAGAGGAAACAAGUACCAUGACGUAUUGGUGUGAAGUUUGCGAGAAAAAAAUAAACCCAAAGGAGCGGUUUUAUAUGUGUGAUGAGUAUUGUUGUGUCACCCUUCACAUUGAAUGUAUGCUUGGGGUGGACCUAUACAUGAAGUCUGGUUCAUUUUGGCUCUAUUGCAGUAGCAAGGUAAGCGUUUUACCCAAUAAUCACCAUAUGUCCAGACCUAUUUGCUCCUUUUGUAAGAAGCGUUGUCCACACAACAUAGUUUUCCAAUGUUUAGGAUUAAUAUCGUGUUCCACUUCUUGUAUUCGCGUUAAGGAUUCUAAAAAGAUGACCAUGUAACUUGGCUUGACGGACAUCGCUCGAGCAACAAGAUAUUAUUGAAAUUUUAUGGUGUUAUAUACUUAUAUGAAAGAAUUCUUAAAAUGGUCUACAUUUG